CACCAUGUCAAAUGCACCUGUUAAAAACAGUAGCAAGAGGGCACUGUGGCUUGUAUUUAGUUUUUCUGUAUGUCAUUUGUGACUGGGUUAAUCCACCAUAUUGCAUCAUGGCCAGUAGUAUGUCUCAAGCACUGUUCUUGACCUGCUGUCUGAUUGGCAGACAUCUAUGGCAACAUAGACUUGUGCCAUCAGUAACUUGUAUCUAUUUUGAACAGGCACAGAACUACUGUAUAACUACAAACAAUUCACAGACUACUCUCACAGCUGUCUAUGUAAAAGGAAGCCACAUUUGGUUUCACCACAUUCCAUGUUACAAACAUAAGACCUAUAUUAAACCUACAUUUUUCUGUAUCUAUUUCAGUCAGAUUCAACCUCAGGAGUUGGGUUACUUAUUUUAGGGCUUUAAUAAAAGCCUGAUUUGGGAAAGUCUUGAGAACUGCAUUGUUCAGAAUAACCACUAGAGAGCAUUAGCAACAAAAAUAAAUGAAUAAAAACGUUACUUGAACACGGUUCUGAAAUGAAUAUGCCCUUAAACAUUUUAACUCUUCAUUUGUUUCUUUGUGUGCUUUAUACAUUUUUUUAUCAAUAAGCAUUCUUGUGGAAACAUGUUUGUGCACAGACUUAGGACUGCAGGCCAGACAAACACGCCUUUGGCUGCUCAAAUAGGGGCGUAAAGUACUUGAACAGGAAGCCCAACCAGCUUAGUAUGUGGUUAGCCAAGCGUUGCUUUUCACUUGCUGGGAACAGGAAGUGUCUAUCACUUUGUAUGGCCUGCAAACAGAACGCUUUGGUUGGGUUAUUUACUAGCUGUAAAUGUGGAUGAAGAACUUGUCUUGAAAUGGCCCAGGGAAGGGACCACUCUUUCCUAAAGCUGGAUGACCUGGCAAACCGAUUCUUCCACAAGUAUCGCAAGGGUAACCAAGAGCAGAAAGGACAUGAGAGUGAAGGGCCUCACUUGUCAGAGUUUACCAUCAUUUGGGAUAAAUUAAUGAAAGAGUUCUUAGCAAAAGCCAAAGAAGAUUUUUUAAGGAAAUGGGAGUGUCCACCACAGAGCACAACUGGCCUGGAUGACUUUGAUAGGCUGAAGACUCUAGGCACCGGCUCAUUUGGGAGAGUUAUGUUGGUAAAACAUAAAGGAACAGAACAGUUCUAUGCCAUGAAGAUCCUGGACAAACAGAAAGUUGUGAAGCUGAAGCAGAUAGAACACACUCUAAAUGAGAAAAGAAUACUGCAGGCUGUCUCCUUCCCCUUUCUUGUCAGACUGGAGUAUGCCUUCAAGGACAACUCCAACCUCUACAUGGUGAUGGAAUACGUCCCGGGCGGAGAGAUGUUCUCACACCUCAGACGCAUUGGGAGGUUCAGUGAAAAUCAUGCACGAUUUUAUGCAGCUCAAAUAGUACUUACCUUUGAGUACCUACACUCGCUAGACCUCAUCUACAGAGACCUAAAGCCUGAAAACCUUCUCAUCGAUCAACAUGGGUACAUCCAGGUCACAGACUUUGGUUUUGCCAAGAGAGUAAAAGGGAGGACUUGGACAUUGUGUGGAACUCCAGAGUACUUGGCUCCGGAGAUCAUCCUCAGCAAGGGCUACAACAAAGCAGUGGACUGGUGGGCACUGGGAGUCCUGAUUUAUGAGAUGGCUGCUGGGUACCCUCCCUUCUUUGCUGAUCAGCCCAUCCAGAUCUAUGAGAAAAUUGUGUCUGGCAAGGUACGAUUCCCCUCCCAUUUUAGCUCCGACCUGAAGGACCUGCUGAGGAACCUGCUCCAAGUGGACCUGACAAAGCGAUUUGGCAAUCUGAAGAACGGAGUGAACGACAUCAAGAACCACAAGUGGUUCGCCACAACUGACUGGAUCGCCAUCUACGAAAGAAAGGUGGAGGCUCCCUUCAUACCGAAAUGCAGAGGACCGGGAGACACAAGCAACUUUGAUGACUAUGAAGAGGAGGAGGUCCGCGUCUCAGACACAGAAAAGUGCAAAAGAGUUUUCAGAAUUCUAAUGCGUUGCCAGGGGGUUCCGUCCGGGCUCUCUCACACGCACGCACACACAGUCAUUGGGAUUUCUUUUGCACUCUUUCGAAGGUGAGGGGGAAGCUAAGACCAUCAUGUGUUCAAAACAAUUGCCUAGUUCCUUCAUUCCACAAGGCUGAAUGAGGUCCUUUUUGCCAUGAUCCUCCUAGCGGCAGAGUAAGCACUGACAUAUACACAGGCACAUUAUGCAGACAUCCCUUGUGCUGCACACAUACUAGACCACGUUUGUAUCGUUUUUCUUCUUUCUUUUUUGAAUAUAUAUAUAUAUAUAUAUAUGUAUGUUUAUAUAUAUGUACAUACAUAUAUUUGUUGCUUUUUAGAAUUCCCCUCCCUCCUUUCCCACCAUUUUGAACCAAGUGAUUAUUUGCAAAGCAAGAUGAAAACCAAUUAUAGCCCAUUUUAUAGUGGCACAAAGAGUGAUUGAUUGUACUAGGCGGAAUUGCACAUAUUUGUGAUUUAAGGUGGGGGAGGGGGUAUUCUUUUUUCUUUUUUUUCUCCCAGUUCUUGCCACAAAUUCUUGCCAGUUAUUGUCUGUUACAUGCCUAAGUGUGUUUUAGGUUCAAAUUCAAGUUUGUUGGCCCAGUCUCUAAUCCUAAACAUGUUGCUGUACUUAAGAAGUAGACCUUGUCUUUGUGCAUAUAGAAAAGAACAUAUAUCAAGUGAAGACAUUUUUUAAAACACCAUGUGUUUCUAGAGCAUGACCAAAAUGUUACCAAGAAAUCAGAGAAAAAGUUAAAUUUAAUAUCACUGAGAUAGACCUCUUGUGUUUUCAGUGUUUAUUAUCACAUGGGCAUUCAGUCCUCAACAAGAGGGUUAUCAAGGAGUGGCAAACCUAAUUAUGUCAAAGCUGUUUUAGUUUAUAAAUUCACAUUUCUUUUCCUUUUUUUCAUUUUCUUAUGUUUUUUUUUUUUUUUUUUUUUUACAGUUUGUCAGGUCACAGGGCAUUUCUUUUUACCUCAGCAUAGGUAUUAUAUUGAAAUUAAACUUGAGAUGAAUAUAUAUACCAGGUAGAACAAAGUUUUAAUUCCGAAGGAAACUUGUGGACAGAAAUGACCCAUUUUUGUAUGGAAAUUAGUAAUGAAAAAUAAUUAAAAUAUGUAUGUAGACAUUUGUUUUGGAAAUGAAAAGUGAUGAUUUGGUGGCCUGGUUGUUAUCAGUUUUCGUAGAGGGUAUGUAGUUGUGUGGGUCACAUGGAAAGAGUUUUAUUUAUUUUGUUUGUUUGUUUUUGUGGCCAUCUCGUAACAUCAUGAUAAAACAAAAUUAUAUUAUUUUAUUUUUCCCCAGAAUGUUUGUACCUCCAUACAUGACCAUAGUGCAUGUGUUGCAUCUGGCUUGUAUGGAAAAUUAUGUUUUGAGUUUUAAGUUUUAUCCUCAAAAAUGAAUACUCACGUACGGAUUUCACUUGUUAUUGAUUUUUGAGAGCUUCAGCACAUUUAUGACAUCUUGUUUAUUGAAUUUCACAAGACACAAUUCUUUUAGAUUUUUUAUUUAUACUUGUAUGUUGUCUAAUAAACCUUCAUAGUUUUGAUAUGUUC